AUGGACUCUGCCGCGACUGAGGCCCGCAGCGCGCCUGCGGAACAGGUUGCAAAUGAUAAUGAGAAGCACCACUCUGACGAGAAGGUCAUGCCUGAGAAGCACCAAACACCCGACGACCUGGCCAUCGACACCGUCGAAGCCGUCUACGAGUAUUCCGAUGCGUACAACAGGAAACUACUGUGGAAGAUCGACUUGUGGCUGCUGCCCGUCAUGUGGAUCUGCUACGGGACUCAGCAGGCAGAUAAGACAUCGCUGAGCGUGCAGGCGAUCUUCGGGAUCCGGGAAGACACUGGCCUUGUGGGAGAGCAGUUCAACUGGCUGAGCACUAUUUUCUACCUCUCGUACAUGCUCUGCGAGUUCCCAGCCAACUGGCUAAUGCAGAAGUGUAACACGGCCAAGUUCCUCUCAAUCGUCAUGUUCCUAUGGGGAGUUAUAGUCCUGUGCAUUGCCUUCGCUCAGAAUUUUACCCAUCUCAUGAUCCUACGACUUUUCCAGGGAGCCCUGGAGUGCACUAUAUCCCCGACGUUCCUAUACCUGACAGGUAGCUGGUACUCUUCGCAGGAGCACACUCUGCGGUCACUCAUCUGGGGCACCUCAAACGCCGGCAUGAAUAUCAUCACUGGUCUCAUCAACUACGGCAUCGGGUCCCACGCCAAAAGCCACCCAGGAGGCUUGGCUCCGUGGAAGGGCAUCUCGUUCUUUCUCGGCGCUCUGACUAUCUUCGACGCCGUUCUUGUGUACUUCAUCCUGGGGACACCGCGCGAGGUCCGCUGGCUGAACGAAGAUGAGAAGCGCGCGGCGAUUGCGCGAGUGGUGGCCAAUCAGACGGGUUCCGACCGGAACAAGCACUCAGAGUUCAAGUGGGAGCAGGUCUGGAGCACCUUCCGUGAUCCUCAGACAUAUUUCUUCUUCUUCGUGACUAUCAUCAGCACGCUACCGAACGGGGCGAACACAACCUUCUCAAAGUUGAUAUGGAAGUCAUUCGGAUUUUCCGACCUAGACACCCUCCUGAAGGGGUCGACUCCAUACUAUGCAGUUAGUAUCUGCUGGUUUCUCAUCGUAGGAUACGUGACGUUGAAGAAGCCGAAUCUCCGAUUUCUCUUUAUGAUGCUUUCGCUACUACCUGCUUUUACCGGCAUGAUGGCGCUAGCACUGCUUCCCUCGACGGGCAUGCUGUGGACUAGAUGGGGCAUGUACAUUAUGCAAGUAUUCGGAACCCUGCCUGGCUUGAUGAUCUGGACUUUCCUGCCAUCGAACGUCGCUGGAAGAACCAAAAAGACCGUAAUGGCCACGGUUCUAUUCGUAGGGUACUGCAUUGGCAAUGCUGUUGGCGCUCAGAUGUUCAUUGCAUCGGAUGCUCCAAAGUACAUCAAGGGCAUCACUGCUUGCGGCAUACUCUACUGGGUUGAGUUUACCUCGAUGGGAUGCUGGAGAUACUACUAUAUCUGGGAGAACAAAAGACGGGCCAAGAUCCUUGCCGAACAAGGUAUUUCGGAGGAGGAGAGCGAGCGCAUAGGUCGUCUCAAUGCCGAGGCGGACAUGACUGAUAGGGAAAACAUCCACUUCAAAUAUCGGUACUAG